UGCGGCAGUCGUGCUCUACAUAUCAGCCAGCAUGGAGGCCGAAGAGUCCGAUAAGACAGCCACGGAACAAGACCUGCUGGAAGAGACAGACCAGAAACUAGAGGUGGAGGAGGAGCAGGAGGAAUCCGAAGAAACAGCUCGUGGAGGCAAGAGGCGGGUAGUACCAGGUAUUGUGUACUUGGGCCACAUCCCGCCGCGUUUCCGGCCAUUGCACGUCCGCAACCUUCUCAGCUCCUACGGUGAAGUUGGACGAGUUUUCUUUCAGGCUGAGGACAGGUUCGUGAAACGGAAGAAGAAGGCAGCAGCGGCCACGGGAGGAAAAAAGGGGUCAUACAGCAAGGACUACACCGAGGGCUGGGUGGAGUUCCGGGACAAGCGGGUAGCCAAGCGCGUCGCAGCCAGUCUACACAACACGCCUAUGGGUGCCCGUAGGCGUAGCCCCUUCCGUUAUGACUUAUGGAACCUCAAGUAUUUGCACCGUUUCACCUGGUCCCACCUCAGUGAGCACCUUGCCUUUGAGCGCCAGGUGCGCCGGCAGCGCCUUAGAGCAGAAGUUGCUCAGGCCAAGCGUGAGACUGACUUCUAUCUUCGAAGUGUGGAGAAGGGACAGCGUUUCCUUGCAUCUGAUGGGGAUCCUGGCCGCCCAGAUGGCUCUUGGGCAUUUGCCCAGCGUCCUACUGAGCAGGAGCUGAGGGCCCGGAAAGCAGCCCGGCCAGGAGGGCGUGAACGGGCUCGCCUGGCUACUGCCCAGGACCAGGCCCGCUCCAACCGAGGGCUCCUUGCCAAAAUCUUUGGAGCUUCACCACCCUCAGAGACCAUAGAGGGACCCUCCCUGGGUAGAGACUCCUGAGGGAUAGGUAGGCUCAUUUCAUCUCCUGGCCUUGCCCUGUUUUCUGUCUACCUCAUACUAGAGUGAUAAUGACUCCCGGGCAGAUAUUUUAUUGUGUUUUUCAUAUGAGGAGGCUCUGGUGAGGGCUUAGAUGUGGAAGUUUUGUGAGCUUCCCCUCUCUCCCAUCUAACUCCUGUACAUUCUUGGCUGAGUCACCUAAUUCAUAAUUCAUACUAGUAUGAUUAUGACUAUUUCAGAUGCCUGUUUUGGUUUGUUUGGCUUUUGGCUGUUUGCCCACAGCCCAAUGGGUACCCCUAAAAAUCCCACUUCUUGGCCCCAGGAAGAACCUUUAUUUGCAACUAGAGUGAUAAUGCCUUGUCCAGGCAAUAUUGUUCAAUUUAGCAACUACAGGUAUAGCAUAAGGCAGCAAUAGCAUCCUUUUUAUUUAAGAAAAGUUAACAGGUACAGGAUUUAAUGGGAUGAGACUGGGUUGGGAACCACUUUCCAAAUGUAUUUAUAGAAAAGAAAAUAACAUUUUUAUAUGAUUCUUUUAGUUUCAUGAUGAGGGGUCAUUGGACAAGUUUCAGUUUUCAUUUCCUUGUGUUCUAUUCCCCUUCACUUCAUCUCCUAGACCUAAGAGUUCUCCAUUUAACCUGGAGUUUUUCUUUUUUUUCCUGUUUCUGUCUUUAAUUUUCUUUUAUCAGUCAGUUAUCUAAUUCAGCAUUUACUAAGCCACUGUGUCAGGAAACAAUUUGUCAAUAGGUGAUAACACAUGGACCGUGGCAUUAAUAGUCUUAUAGGCUACUAGAAUAGAUAGGCAUCAUGGUGCAUGCAUGUAAGAGGUGAACUGGGAGCUGUAGUACGGCAUGGAGUACUCUCAUUAUGAACCUGAUUCAUGGUCACAGUCUAUUAGAAUUGAGUCAGUCCUUAUCAAGGUUUCUAAGUCAUUCCUGGAAUAUGAACAGGGAGAAUGACAGCAGAAUUUUGAAACAGAAUUUUUGAAACAGCCCAUUGUGCUCCUACAAUUGCAAAUAAUGCUUCAUGGAUGGACUGUUGGGUUGGAACCAUUGUAAAGGUGGGCAAAGCCUAGGAGGGAAGUCAGUCAGGAACAAAUGCCUGUUAGGUGCAUUUAUGUGUGUUGGGGCUUUGACAAGGGAGGGUUUACAAACAGGCAUGGCAGAGCAACCCUAGGUGCUUCAAAGAAACAGUGUAAAUCACUAAGAGGAACUAAAAAUCUGGAUGUCACAAUAAUCUAAAAAAUCAAAACACAGUCCCAUGUAGAUUAACACUGAUCAUCAUCCACCCUGUUAACUUCAGGAUACUUCCUGAAGUGCAGUUCCAGAGUAUGAUUAUUAUUUAGGUUUUGCUUGUCUCUUAGUUAUUUGCUUGCUUGUUUUUGUUUUUUUCUCCUUGGUGUGCUCACCCAUCUGUUUUUGGGGGGAGGAGUGGAUUUAUCCACUUCAGCUAUAAAGUAUCCCAGUCACAUUAUGAUCUUAACUUGGUAGGUGCAUUUUCUCAGGAAAAAUAAAGGUGACCAUACAGUAAAGCUUGGUAUAACAUUUUCCCCAACCUAUAUACCUCUCAUACUCAGCACACAAACUAUAUCUCUACUUCUUAGGAACUUAAUAUCUUUGUUUCGGUAUUCAUUUCUUGUGGGUUUGUUUCACGUGGAUUGUUUCCUCAGCUCAUGAUGUCAAAAUGAACGAGAAAAGUCCAAAGUCAGAAUUUGAUAAGCUAGCAUACUUAUUAUUCAGAAUGCCAAGUAUCUAUUGCUACCUCUGCUAACUACAGAGCUAGCAAGGUGAAGAAACAUUUCUUUCCCUCAAGUUGCUUAUAGUUUAGAAAAUACAACAGUUACAUUAGAGUUUCAUAAGACUUUUUUGAAUUAGGAAAAGAAUUGUGUUCCCAGGUUGGGCUGUGUUAGGUAUUAAUUGUUCAAUUCUAGGGUCAGCAUCUCAGCUUCCGUCUAAAAUAAUUAUGCACAAAGAACUUAACCCUGCAACCAGGCAACCUAAGUAGUCACGGGCAGAGUAAGGAAUAAGAAUAAAUGGGGGGAAAAAUAUUCCCAGGAACUUUCAUCUUGAUUCCCCUUUUGAGGGCAGGAAAAUGAUUCCUUUUUUAUGGUCACAAUUUUGUUUCCAUUUAA